AUGUCCAUUCUUUCACAGCUUCCGGUCUUCCCAACUAUACAAACCUAUACACAAACCUGCCAAAUGAUACUGGCACUACAUGCACUUGGAUUGCAAACUUCACGCUAUGGAGACAAUUGGCCCCUCCCAAAAGAAUUCAUUGGCACUCCAAUAAACCAGAUUCUUCUGGACCACCCUAAGGCUUCUUACUUCAAAGAGAAACUAAACAAUCACAAAGUCUUUAGUGUCGAACAAUUUUUAAACGCAACCAAUACUGAACUCCUAGAGUGGAAUAACUUUCACCACAAUAUCAAAAAAAUACCUAGAGGCCGAUGCCCACAUUGGUUUCAUACAAUUCAAGACCUAAUAGCAGGCACUACAAACCCUUCAUCAAUAUUUUCACAAUUAAACCCUCAUACCUUAACUAGCUAG